CGAUGAUGACGACUACGCCACCUCUUGGUGUGAACGUGACUUUCCCAUACAUCAACGAUGAGAUGGUAUCGGGGACGGCGGGACCGGAUGACGAGGACGGAACGCCGACCGUCACCCUUACCAACUGGCUUGUGCCUUUGCUCUUCGGCAUCAUCACCGUUGUCGGCGUCAGCGGCAAUGCCAUCGUGUGUUACGUCAUAUCCGGUCAUGUUCAGAUGAGAACUGCAACGAAUUACUACAUAAUGAACUUAGCUAUCACGGACAUUGCGUUUUUAGUAUGCUGUGCACCGUUCACAGCGGCUGUUUAUGCAACGAAUAACUGGAUCUUUGGAAGAUUUAUAUGCAAAUUCGUCAUGUACAUGAUGCAGGUAACAGCUCAAGCUACUUGUAUGACAUUAACAGCCAUGAGCAUCGACAGAUACCAAGCAAUAAUGCGCCCUCUACGUUCACUAGGGACAAGAACCCAAUCGGGAGUGCUCGUUGUCAGUGGUUGUAUAUGGGGAAUUUCAGCAUUAAUUGCAAUUCCGAUUGCGGUGUAUUUUGACGUCAAACAGUUCGAGUUCGGACCAGUUUGCUACGAGGACUGGCCGUACAAACAAUACAUGUAUCCAGCCUAUGGUCUUUUCACCGUCAUAUUUCUCUACGUCAUUCCCCUAGUCAUCAUCGUAGUAUGUUAUGUGUCCAUGCUAAGAACCCUCUGGAGAACAGCCCUACCAGGCGAAGAAGAGGCCAGUCAAAGUCAGAAUCAUCGUCGAAAUCAUAAACAGAAGCGGCGGGUAACGCUGAUGGUGUUGAGCGUCGUCAUCGUGUUCGCCGUCUGUUGGUUUCCCAUCUACGUGGUCAACCUCUGGUUUCGCUUCGAUCGCAACUUUCCCCAGACCAACUUCAUGUACGGAGUCAAAGUCUUCGCGCACCUCCUAACCUACGCGAACUCUUGCGUUAACCCGUUCGUGUAUUCCUUCAUGGGCCGGAACUUUCAGCGCUAUUUUCGGAAGGAAUGCUCGUGCUGUUACUCGUGCCGCUGUUACUCGCGGCGGUAUCGGCAAAGCGGUGGUCGUAAGGUGAUGACGGAGGAUCGCGCGAUGGCGCAUUUUAAGUCGGGACAUUCCACAGGGAACACGCACUCGACGGUAGCAUUGCCUUUGUUCUCACGAAGCUCCAGGAGCUCACAAUCAUGAUCACAGUCAUGCGAUGACUAAAGAACAGGAGACAAUAUAUUUCUCUUUCUAUUUUGCAUAUUUAUUGUUAGUGUUAGUCACGAUUGUGACCACAGAGUCAACAUGGCACACUGAUUAUUAUAGUGCCUCAAUUUAUCAUGAAACUGUUUUGAGAAGAUGUUUACGAAAGUUGCGUAAUGAACGGACAUGUAUAUAAAAAUACAAAUGUUUUAUAUUUAUGGAUAUCAAAAUGUUUAUAUUUAUUAUUGUUUUCAGGGUUAUAUCAUCGUCGGGAACAAUAAUUGUCAACACCACUAUAUUCGUUUGUGUUGAUAUUAGCGAUCGGAUUUGAGUGUAAAGUUUGUCGAAUUCUGAAGAGGUUGUUGUUUUAGUGCAAUUUUUAGUGAAAACCUAUACUCCUUAGGUACUAUCAAGUGUCCAUCCUAUACACGGAAAAUUUGUCAAAAUCAAUUGACACACAUUCUAAGCUAGAUUAGACAAUAAGUCUCAGGAUAAGAAAUUUAACAAUUUGAGCACACACAAAAAUCAAGAACCCAAAAUAUUACAUUAUAACAUGCCGCUUUUUUAAUGAUAUAAUUCUGAUAAUUAUUAUUCACAUCAUAGGUUGUGGCUGAUAUCCUAACUUAAGGUAAAUUGGUUCUGAAUGCCUACUAAAUGCGUGGCAUCAGCGUCUAGUUUCAUUUAACUCGAUAUAGCAUGAUAACAAUCUAACAACGUCAUUAAAUCGUUAUUGAAUAAAGAAAUUAGUAGAAAUUUUCCGACUGUCAUUGGGCGUGUUAAUUUCAAUGCCUCUAAGAAUUAGUGAAUGCUGUAAGGAUGGUAAGGUCUGUGCACUAUCUCGUUAGCAAGGCGUACUAUGACUACAAUUUCCGUCGUCCUUAUAGGGUAUAUGAUACAAAUUUUCCAAGAUCGUAGGAACAUAGUUCUUAAAUACAUCGUAGGGGCAUCGUACGAUCAACGAAUUGGCAUCUGGGUACCGUUGCAUAAAAGUCACUAUCAUGGUAACUUUGCUAUCGCAUGGUAGUGACCAUAGGAUGACAAAGUUACCAUAGUUGUAACUUUUAUGCAACGGGGCCAAGGUGUCAAUCUCAAGGGUCAAUUAACCAAACCGGAAUCACUCCCUUAAAAUACUAACGUUAAACACGACAGCUUUCUGUGGAAAUAAUUAAGAUCAAUCAAGCAAUUUAAUUGGAUUACUAUGCCAUGAGAUGUUUAUAUGCUCAAAAUUUAUUUGUAAAUAUACUCCUGUGAAUUUAACAUUAAUGUACAUUAUUUCAAACAUUUUGUAAGAAAACAAUUUGUACGUUCGGUACAGUUUAUGGAACAUGGAUGUCUAUAGAUGCAAUUUUCAAAGAUCUUUUAGGUGGAGUGAUGUGUAGUUUAUUGAUUUUGAACGACAAUGAGUACCAUGCAUUAUUGAUUAGUAUGUACAUUUUAUAAUCUGAAUAGUACUUACCACCCUUAUUCACUGAAUAAUGUACACUAUAUCAAAUUUUGUAAUAUCACUUAAAUGUAUCACAUAUUUACACAUGCUACAUGUAGAUGAAUCAACGAGACCGUAGUCGAUAUCAUUGGACGGUAUUACCAUUCAUGUAUUUCCGACUUAACAUUCUUAUUGUGCCUUUCAGUGUUUACUUUCUGUUCGGGUUUUCCCUUCUAAAGCAAAAUAGCAUUUACAAAAUUUUGAAUGUACUACUUGCAUCCAUUUAUUGAAGAGGCAACUGAGAGAAAGCUCUAAAUUCUGCGAACGAGCCUGAAACCACCACUUCUACGAUAACGUCACCGCGGCGCGCCGACGACGAACGCGAGUAUUUCAAUUACAAUUAUAACUAUAAAACUAUUACUUCCACCACUGUUACUACUACGACUGCUACUGCUACUCUGCCACUGCUAUUAUUAAUAUUACUACUACUAAUACUACUAAUACUACUACUACUACUACUCCUACAAUUACUACUACUACUACUACUACUAUUGAUACUGCUGUUGUUGCUGCUGCUACUACUACUACUACUACCAUGACUACUACUACUAUAAUUAUUAUUACCUAUUACUAUUUAUACUACUUAUACUACUAUUACUGCUACUCCUACUACCAUGACUACUACUACAACUACUAUUACUAUUUUUACUACUACUAGUAGUACUACUAGUACUAAUACUAGUACUACUACUACUAAUACCACGAAUACUACUACUUCUAUUACUAUUUAUAUUACUACUAUACUACUUUUACUUCUACUACUACUACUACUUCUACUAUUACUCCCUUUAAUAUCACUGCUUCUAUUAAUAAUACUAUAUACUGCUAUUACUACUACAACGGCUACAUGCUGCUACCAUGACUGCUGAUAUAUUUUACCAUUAUAUUAUCCUUAUAAUACAACCACCAAUACCAGCACCACUAUUCGUAGUACUGCGUGCGCUACUAGUUCUACUUCUACUACUACCCCUCGUACUACUGCUAUUACUAAUUAUGUUCCUAUUUAACCUACUACUACUGCUGCUGCUACUACCUCUACUACUUGUCUUCUACUACUACUUCUACUACUACUACUACGAUCACUAAAAUUACUACACUACUACUGCUCUUUGCACUGCUACUACUACUACUUCUCGUCUUCUACUACUACUACUACUACUACUACUAUCACUAAAGUUACUACACUACUACUGCUCUUUGCAUUGGUAAAAUCUAUGCUAUUACUUCCAAAGCAUCUCAAUUCUAUUACUACUUCUAUCACAUCUACUACUAUGAUUUACUCUAUUAAACUACUUGUCUAUACCAUUACUACUACUAUUAUACACCUAAUACUACUGUAUACUACCGCCAUAAAUAAACUGAUACUACCACUUCUACCUUUUACUACUGUUGCUGCUGCUACACUUCUGCUACAUCAGCAUCUACUAUUCUAUUGAUAUUACUACUACUUCUACUACUAAUACUACUGUUACCAGCUCUACUAAAACUACCAAGAUCACCAUACCACUAUACCUAAACUUCCUCUAUUAACUAAUUCCAUUCUUCAAUUACAGCAUUACCGACGAUAGUAAUUCUACUUCUACCCCUCACAUCUUUAUACUAGUACUACUUACUACUACUCUCUUACAUUACUACUGCUGCUGCUACUAUUACUACUACUACUACUACUAUUACUACACUACUUUUACUACUAUUUUUACACUACUUGCCGCGGUUACUAAAACUACUCGUAUUAUAAUACCUACUACUGACUACUACUACCACCACCACUAUAUACUACUUCUACUACUACGUCUUCUACUACUACUACUUCUUCUUCAUCAUCUACUACUACUACUACUUCUUUUCUAGUCCUUCCUGUACUAAUACUACGUCUACUACCAAAUUGUACUAAUAUACUAUAACUACUACUAUUACUAGUACCACUAUACACCCUCUUUAUAAUUUUUACAUCUGUCACCACCACCACCAUUACUGAUAUUACUUUUGUUUUACUACAACUACCACUCACAGCUGCUACUAGAAGGUCUUCUUCAACUCCUACUACAUGAUACUGUUACUUCUGCUCUUGCUACCCCUUCCUCCUCAUCAUCUCACUUUUAGUACUACUUCAAUCAGUACUACUACCACCAUCACCACCACUUCUGAUCUUGCUUUGUAUUUCACUAAACGUAUUACCUGGGUAUAUUAUUUUUGUGAUUACAAGUUAGUGAUCAGACAAUAAGGUAGAUAUUUGUGCUAUUGGUAAUUCAAAAUACGCUUGCAACAGCAACUAUUACUACUACUACUUAUUCUAAUUCUACUACUGCAAUGAUUAUUACUACUUCUGCUACUACUACUGCUGCUGCUGCGUAUACGUCUGAUGCUGCUUCUACUUUUUUUCUAAUAUUGUUUCUAGUAUAACUUUACAACGGCUACUUAUACCACUAUUCUACUACUACUACUACUAAUUCUACUGCCACUUUUACUACUAUUUUACUACUGUAGCUUCUGCUACUAUUUUAUGACGACGACUACUAUUUCUACUACUACUACUGCUACUACUUCUACUAUACCAUACUACACUAUACUAUACUAUCACUAAUAUUAUUCCCAAUUCUACUACUAUUACUACUUAUACUACUAAUACUAUAGUGUUACUAUUACUUCGUCAUCUUCUUCUUCUUCUACCACUUCUACCUCCACCAACACCACCCUAACCGCCACAAUCGAUUAUACUACUUUUUAUACAUAUAUUGUCACUACCACUAUUUCUGGCGUUACUUUACCAGUUGCCACCACUAAAUAAAUAAUUACAGCUUCUACAUGUAUCUUUCGAUCCUAUCAAUCAAAGCAUUCAGCCCAAGAGGAAAAUAUGGCAUGAAUUAGAAUCUUCUGAUUGAAAGAUUAAAAGACGAGUGUCAGACCAACACAUUGCCUGCUGUUAUUUUUACUACUGCUACGUGUCCAAAUACAAUUCGGGUGGUACGUGCAAAAAUAUUUUUGUCGUUAUUUUAGCUCCCUGCGUCAUAUACUAGUUUUAGCCAUAAGAAAGUAUUUUGUUUUAAAAUGUAUUUCAAUCUGAUAUUGCAUGAUUAUGUAUAACUAUCAUAAACCAGUUGUGUCAACAUAAUUUAUUGAAUGAUUGCUAUAUCCGGACUAAGCAUACUUAUAUAUCAAUAUUAUCAUACGGUUUAUACGUGAUAGAAAGUUUAUAUGCUAUAUUGUUUUGUUUUAUUUUGUACAAAUACCUACUAGACAGCAAACUUAUUGAGGGAUUUUGUGUUUUCCUGUUAUUUCCUGUUAUUUAUCUAUGAUUAAAUUAUAAUAAAACAAACAUUAA